AUGAGCGCUGAUGAGAUGUAUCCAUCCUUUAAUCCAGGACCGACAAAACCCGAUGGAAGUAUGAAUUUCGAAUGUCAUUGCGUGGGACAUCUUGUUGCUAGUCCUUGUGGAUACGAAUUUAGAAACGUGAUAAAACGGAAUGCUUCAAAACAGCAAAGCAAGAUGAAGAAGAUUCGAAGCCAAGCUCUGAAGAUAAAUGAUAUCAUUUUAGUUGUUUUUAUCGAGAAGGCCAAAUACGUCCCUAGAAGAUCACUACUUUAUGUGCCGGCGAGCAGUGAGAAAAUGCUUAAUAAAGUACCGUUAAUGAAGUCGGAUUGUGUGGUGCUCGAGCUAGAAGACGACUCGCCUACAAGACUUGUGAUAUGGAUAGAGUCAGCGAGAGCCCUAUUGGACAUGCCUAGAAUUGUUUCUUCUGUCAUCAAUCUUCAUCGAAAUUCUGGAUUCUUCAAGUUAGACGCUGUGGUGUUUGGUUCAGAUGAUUUCUGUGCGGACAUUGGGGCAAUCCGAACCGCCGAGGGCCUUGAAAACAUUUACGCUCGUCAAAGAUUCGUCACCGUAUGCAAGGCUUUUCAAUUACAGGCAAUAGAUUCCGUGUACAUCGAUCUCAAAGAUGAAGAAGGUUUACGCGAAUCUUGUUUGCAAGGACAUAGCUGGGGCUUCACUGGGAAACAAGCUAUUCAUCCUUCCCAAGUUCCCAUUAUUCAAGACUCUUAUAAGCCGUCCGCGGAAAGAGUUGAAUGGGCAAAAUCCCUGGCCGAUGCUUUCUCCAUGCAUCAACAAGGGGGAACUGGUGCUUUUUCUUUCCGUGGUCAGAUGAUCGACCGGCCCCUUCUCCUUCAAGCAAUGAAUGUACUCCAAAUGCAAGAAGGGGAUCAUGGGCGGUGGAUUGUAAAUAAG